UUUGGUGCAGAGAGAGACAAUGAGACCAUGUCAGUGGGAGUGAUGGAGGGAGAUUCAGUCACUUUACACAGUGAUUUUAAAGAAAUCAAGAGAAAUGAUUACAUCAUGUGGAUGUUUGGACCUGACAGUGCAGACAUUCGCAUAGCUGAAAUAUUUAAAUGGUCCUAUAUGCUCUCCAUAUAUGUGUGCGACAAGGGGCGAUUCAAAGACGCACUGCGACUGGACCAUAAAAAUGGAUCUCUGACCAUUAAGGAUAUCAGAAUCGAAUACUCCGGCCUUUAUAAAUUAGCCAUCAUUAACAAAAGAAAGACUUCAUACAAGAGAUUCAGUGUUAAAGUCUAUGCUCCUCUGCCCACUCCAGUCAUUACCAGGGACUCUUCACAAACACAAAAUUCUCAAGCAUCAGAAAGAUCUUCAGGCUCAAAGUGUGUCUUGCUGUGCUCUGUGAGGAAUGUAACACAGGUGACUCUCUCUUAUUACAAAGGCAGCGGUUUAAUCUCCAACAUCAGUGGCUCUGCUCUCAACAGCACCCUGUCUCUACCUCUGGAGGUGGAGUAUGAUGAUAAAAACAUGUACAGCUGUGUGGUGAAUAAUGCCAUCAGCAGCCAGAAUGCACAUGUCAACAUUACAGAUCUCUGUUGGCAGUCGAGGCAGUUCGACAACACUGAAGGAAACGUAGAAAAGCAGAACAAGAGGGAUUUUGGUUGA